CUUACUUCAUAACCAAUAACAGUUAGCCAUACAGGCAACAAGAAGUUGCCUCGCUGGCACUUUACGAGACCGUUUGACUUUUUUUUCUUCCCGUCUUCCAACAUAGGAAGAGUAUUUGUUUAACUGUACUAACAGUGAGUGGGCUUCACCAGACUCAGACCUCAGACCCAGCACUUCUCUUCAUGUUCCAUGCUGUUCUUUCAGCAGACACUCCCCCAUCUUGUGUCACACACCCUCUGUCUGAAGAGGACAGGAGGACUGCAUUACUGCCACAGGCUAUUCAAACAGGACGACUCCACUGCCAAGGUGGAGAGCUUAUAUGUGAGAGGAAAUCAGAGGAGGAUCACAGUAAUAGAAUAUCCUACAAUCCCUCAUCAACAUGGGGGCCAUCAUCUCACGGUGGAGGGCUAAACCAUCCACUGUGGAGAUUUUGGAGGGAAUCGAAAAGGAUGUACAGACCCUUGAAGAAUACAGUGAGAAGUAUCAGAGGCAGCUGAAGAUAUGGGUCGGACGGCUGAUUCUGUACUCGUCUCUCCUCUAUCUGAUCACAUGUGUAGUUGUGUAUUUCUGGUACCUGCCCGAACAGACGAUGGGACGGUUCAUACUGUCUCUUCCCUUCCUACUAGUUCCUUUAUUAGUUUGGUUACUUAGAAAGUUGCUUAUAAUAAUUUUUUCACGAAGAACUGAAAAAAAUAAUGAGAAGGUAGAAGAUCUUAAAACACAAAAAAGGAAAAUACUUGAAGAAGUUAUGGAAACUGAGACGUAUAAGAAUGCUAAAAUGAUUCUGGAGAGAUUUGAUCCUGAUUCCAAGAGAAAAAUUGAGCUUGAAUCCACUCCUGUGGGCCCUCAGAUGACUCCGAAACAAGGACAAGAGCUUCGCCAGCGCAAUGUCAUGCCAAAGACCCCCUCAGUGAUGGUGAAUCCUGCAAGCGGUGCUGCUGCGCGCCCUCCUCUUGCCUCUGGGCCCACCUUUCCUGGACGAUCUUCCCACUCUGCUCCAGGUGGACCCCCAGAGAGGGGCCUGUCGGCGAUAGCUGCUCAGCAGAGCUUGAUGAGGAGGCCUGUGACCCCGGGAACACCUGUUCCAGGAGUCGGGAUGCACCCCCCAGGCCCGCCCCUGGCCAGACCCGUGGUCCCGAGGGACAGAGGCGCCAUGGACAGAGUCAUUGAGUAUCUUGUUGGAGAUGGCCCUCAGAACAGAUACGCUCUCAUCUGUCAGCAGUGUCUGUCCCAUAACGGCAUGGCAUUAAAAGAGGAAUUUGAAUACGUUGCCUUCCGAUGUGCGUAUUGUUAUUUCUUGAACCCUGCGAGGAAGACCAGACCUCAGGCCCCCAGACUCCCCGAGGUCACAAGCGACCUGAAGAUGUCCUCCGAGGCCCCCGUACCUCCGGCUGCUGUUGUCAUGGAUGGAGACCAAUCUGUUUCAGGUGAAUCAAAGCUUGAGGAUGUCUCUGCUGAAACGGACCCCCAGGGGCCAGACACUACAACAAGCACGGAGCCCGGCUCUUCGUCAGACGGCCAGAGCACCGAAAGCACCACAGACUCACAAGAUGUGCCCUGUGAGAAAUCUGACGCAGAGCAAGAUGUGUCCUGUGAGAAAUCUGACGCAGAGCAAGAUGUGCCCUGUGAGAAAUCUGACGCAGAGCAAGAUGUGUCCUGUGAGAAAUCUGACGCAGAGCAAGAUGUGCCCUGUGAGAAAUCUGACGCAGAGCAAGAUGUGUCCUGUGAGAAAUCUGACGCAGAGCAAGAUGCGUCCGCCAUGGAAGUGGAAUAAAACCGUGGCGCAGUGAUUUCAAGUCAGGCUGGAACUUUAUUUGUUAUUUGAAGGGAUGAGAUAACCGAUAGUUUAUAAGUAAAUGCCGUGAGUUGAAAUAACAGUGAUUUUCAACUUACUGUACAGAAUAUCCUUUCUUUUGAGAAUUGCUUUUAUAUUUCUAGAAAUAGAAAAUAUUAAAUAUGAAUUUAAUAUUUUGUAGCAACAUCAAACAUACCUCCAGUAUGAUUACACGUCCAUCACAUUAUAACCUAUUUUUGCUACAUAUAUCUAUUUUUUCCAUGUUUUUUCCCCCAAUUUUUUUGAAUUAAUUUCUUACAGCAGUCGAUCGCAUUUAAGUGGAAUCAAAACAAAUAUUUUGUGGGGCAAACUUGAAUACAAGGGAUAUUAUUUAUAACUAUUUUUCUAUAAUGCUGUGCCUUCCAUGACACUGUAGGUUGGGGAACUCUGCAGCACCGAAAGUGCUAACCACAUGUUUACAUAACCAUGCUACCAUAAUAGGAAUGCACACAUACAGUAUGUAUUUAUUGCUCAAAUGGAGAAAAAGGGCAUUUUUCUCGGUACUGUGCACCUGCCCUAAGUGCCUUUUUUAUAUUUGAAGUCUCUGCUUCAGAGUGGUGUCGAUGAAACCUAUUUACAUAUAGACAAUAGACACAUUCAACUGUUUACAGACUGUAUCUCUUUGCCGUUUGUCUGAAUUCUUGUCCUGUAUAAAUAAUAAUGAUAAAUAAACUUUUGAGAACAUC